CUUUUUUUUGGAGGGGGAUUUCAGAAGAUCUUUCCCUCCCCUCCCAACGUAUUUUUUUCCCUCCAUCGUGCUUGUGGAGAUGUGGAGGUUUCAGGCAGACAGAUUGAGUGCAAUUGUCUCUGCUUUCGCGGCGCUUUGUCUUGCCUGCUGUGCGCAAAGCCCCUCCACCGGGAACAUUUCUGUGGUGAAAGAGAUUGUGGACAAACUGCUGAAGGGGUAUGACGUCCGCCUUAGGCCCGACUUCGGAGGUAACCCUGUUACAGUGGGAAUGAGCAUCCAUAUCUCCAGCAUUGACCAGAUUUCAGAAGUCAACAUGGACUACACCAUCACCAUGUAUUUCCAGCAGAGCUGGCGGGACAAACGCCUCGCGUACAGUGACCUUCCUCUGAACCUGACUCUGGACAACCGAGUGGCUGACCAGUUGUGGCUUCCUGACACCUACUUCCUGAAUGACAAGAAGUCCUUCCUGCAUGGGGUGACAGUGAAGAACCGUAUGAUCCGGCUGCACCCAGAUGGAACGGUGCUGUAUGGGUUGAGAAUCACCACCACCGCCGCUUGCAUGAUGGAUCUGAGGAGAUACCCUCUGGACCAGCAGAACUGCACGCUAGAAAUCGAGAGCUAUGGCUACACAGUGGACGACAUUGUCUUCUUCUGGCAAGGAAACAACUCAGCCGUCACGGGGAUGGAGAUGCUGGAGCUGCCCCAGUUCACCAUCAUUGAGCAGAGACUGGUCACCAGAGAAGUGGUCUUCACCACAGGCUCUUAUCUCCGCUUAUCCCUGAGUUUUCGGAUCAAGAGGAACAUCGGUUACUUCAUCCUCCAGACGUACAUGCCUUCCAUCCUCAUCACCAUCCUGUCCUGGGUCUCCUUCUGGAUCAAUUACGAUGCCUCUGCUGCCCGGGUGGCAUUGGGGGUCACCACGGUGCUCACGAUGACCACCAUCAACACCCACCUGCGGGAGACCCUCCCAAAGAUCCCCUACGUCAAGGCCAUCGACGUCUAUCUCAUGGGCUGCUUCGUCUUCGUGUUCCUGGCGCUCCUGGAAUAUGCCUUUGUCAACUACAUUUUCUUCGGGCGGGGCCCUCGCCAGCAGAAGAAGCAGAGUGAGCGGCUCAGCAAGGCAAACAACGAGCGCCACCGAUACGAGGAGAAGAGGGUGAGGGAGCAGGUUGACCCUUAUGGCAACAUUCUCCUCAGCACCCUGGAGAUGAACAACGAACUGCUGGCCACGGACAUGAUGGGCGGCGUCGGCGACUCUCGAAACUCUGUCCUGUCCUUCGAAGGCUCAGGGAUCCAGUUCCGCAAGCAGCUGGCCUCUCGGGAUGGCUUUGGCCACCACCCCACCUUAGACCGCCAUGUCCCUCUGACCCACCCUGCUGUUGCCCGCAACCGUGCCAACUGCCGCCUCCGCCGGCGGUCCUCUAAGCUGAAGCUCAAAAUCCCGGACCUGGCAGAUGUCAGCACCAUUGACAAGUGGUCACGGAUCAUUUUUCCAAUCACCUUUGGAUUCUUCAACCUCAUUUACUGGUUGUACUAUGUAAAUUAAUGCCUGCGGCCUCCAGGAGCGAUAGGGACAGAUACUCAGACAAUGACAACACAGGAGAGCUGUGGUCUUUUUGGUUUGGGUUUACUCUUUUCUCUGAUUAUCAUUUCCUCCUUUGGUUGGUAGGUUGAUUCUAAGCUUACUUUCUCUUUUCAGCACAUUAGAAACACAGCGCAUGGGGGAAGUGGGGCGGGGGAGUGGGGAAAGGGUCUCGGGUUUCAGGAGGGUUGGCCUGGUCUUGAUUUCGGUUUUGUGCCGAAGAACUUCACCAUUGUUUAUAAAAAAAACAAACCAACCCAACAUCGAAAAGAAAGGAAAGAUUUAAAAAAAGAAGAAGAAAAGAAAAGUUGGAUGAAACUGAGUUCAAAACAGGGGUGGAGGAAUAAGCUAUCUUUGAAUGUGCUCCCUGGUGCCCCGCCCACAUUCCCAUUUUACCACCGAUGUCUCAUCUCUUCGUUCUUGUCGAUAGCAUUAUUAUUUUUUAAUCUUUCACCCAUGUUCACUGUUAGCCCUUGUCAUUUCUUCCCACCUGGGUUUGCUGAGGUCGGGAAGCUCCAUUUUUGCACUGCAUGGUCUUUUCUUUCUCUCUCUGUCUCUUGCUUACAGGUGUAAAGGAAUCUUUUAAACAAACAGAAUAUUUAUUUUGGAACAGCUGGGGGAGGGGCUUUGGGAAUUACUUGGGUAGGGAAGAUCCCGGGAGGCGGGGCGGGGGAGGGCGCAUAUCAAAAACAAAGGCACAUUUGCAAGUUGCCUUUUUCCACCUUCAGGAGUUUGCAAGCUGUUUUUCCGGUGUGAGCAUGCGAGCGUGUGUGGGUGUGUGCACGCGUGCAUGGUUUCUGGGGAGGGGAGGGGGGUUUUGUAAUUUUUUUGGUAAGAGGACACAGGUCGUGUUUAACCGGUUGUGUUUCCGGGGGAGGAGUAGGGUUUUGUGUGUGUAUUACAACAGCAGAGAACUUUGGGGAGGCGGACCCAGGGAGAUACAUACAUGUUAAGGCGGAAGUGGCUAGGAUUGGCCAGGAAACGUGCCGCUGUCCGGAGUCAGCAUGUGAGCUUUUGUUGACAAAGCUUGAGUCAGUCCUAUAGUGAGCGGGACAGAGAUGUGUGUUCCGAACGUUUUCCACCCUCCAUCCUGGCGUGCUGACCCUCCUCUCUGUGCCACCGGAUGACUUCAGACCACUCCAGGGGGGCUGUUUCUGUCUAGACUUCUGGGUGGAGAAACAUGUGAGGGGCAGGUGGCCCCUUUCCGAAACUCAUUAGGAGCAAGGGGUGGGCUGGGGCCUUGGACACCUACUUCUUAAGCCAGGCCUUGCUGCAGAUCCAUUAAUGCAUCUCACCUGUGGAAGGGAACACACUUCCCCUCUUGCAGACGGUGUAAUUAACAAUAUGUCAGAGUUCCACUGAGCUAGGGGAGCAUUACUUGGAGAAGCUAGGCUCGCUAACGGCUGUGUCGGUAGGCGGUUGAGCUGAAACCACGGAUCCCUUUGGGGCUGGUGGAAGCCCUAGCUUGCCAGCGGCUUCCAACCUUGCACACUUGUUAAUGCUACGCCAACGUUAAUGGUACUUGUCCUGGGGUGUUAAAAACCAGCCUUCUCCAAAGCAGCCAGAGAUUUCAGGUUCCUCCAUUUCACCCCCCUUUUUCCCCCAAUCAUGAGCCGUUUUGGAAAAAGUUAGCUUAGAAUAUUUCCAGCACAAUUGCACGUCAAUAAAAGCCAUGAAAAAAAAAUUCACAAGUGCAAACCUUCAACCAUGGGGUCAUUCUCCAGUAUGCCUGCCAUCCAUGGGGGGAGGGCCUCGCACUAGGCACACGCUGCUGUUAGUGUAAAUCUCCCUUUCGUUGCUCUCUAGCUGUCUCUUUCUUUCUCCCCCUCCAUCUUUGGUUCCCAUGGGCAAGGGAAGCUUAGCGCUUCAGAUGCUCCAUAUUGAUUCCCAGUGACACACGUGCCUAUUGUAUAUUGAUUUAGUCACUAAUUUGUGUCUGUGCGGCGCUUUGAAAAUCUAAUGUGCAAUAGACCUGAUCUGGCAUUGCUGAAGGCCAGGAGAAUUUUUCCAUUGACACGGGUGGGGGGGCUAGGAUCUGGUCCUCUCUGAGUCCUAAGUAUUGUUAUUGUCCUCUGAGCAGUGUGUCUUGUACAUGUUCUGCUACUAGGAUCCAAGAGACACAAAAAGUGGAUCCAAGGCUCUCAAUGGCCCCCAAGCAUCUCUGGCACUAAGACCCUUGCCCAUGCACAUGUAUGUGGCCUCUGCAGCGCUUAAAGCGGGCUGCCUCCGCAACUCUUAAAGCCCAAGGAGACUGCCUAUCAUGCUUCAUGUUUUAUGCAUGGCCGAGGGCAGUGCUGUCGUAAGUGGGUUUCCCCAAUGCGGUCGCCUUUGUGGUGCCGCUGGGAUUUGAGGGUAAAGCCCUUUCCCGUAGGGCCGAGCACGAGAGAAAGGCCUGGGAGCACAGCAUUAGAACUGCCCUGGCGAGCUAGGCCCAUAUGGCACAGGGCGUGGUCACACUCCGGUGGCAGGCAAGAAAGUCAAUUGCACUGGAUGCAAGUUUCCACGUAUUAAUGGUGUCACAAGGGUCACAGGCCUUUAGAAGUACAGUUACAGUACUAGUUACAAGCAGACGGUGGCCGUGGUGAUAAGCCACAGUGAUCUGCUACCGGUGGGCAUGCUGGAUUUUCAUAAGUGUCUGUAACAACUGAUGGGCCAUUUAUGAAAACAGCCUCAUUAAUCCCAUGUAAAUGGAUCCUUAAUACGAAGUGUGGCCAAAAUAAAUACAAGGCAGCUGCAGCACAUGAUGCCUUCGAAUGGCAGAUAAGGAACAGGGCAAAGGGCCAAGCGAUAGAGAAGAUGAUGCUCUCGAGCAUUGGAACAUUGUUCAGCAGCUACAGGCAUUGGCGCGGGGAAGUCUGGCUAACGCUCGCCGGCUCGGGGAGCCCAGGCCUCAGGAACUGACCGUGUACAUCUGCCAGCCAACCCUGAUGUCCAGCAGCCACAGAAGCAGAUGGAGCUAUUAUCAGGGUUAUUUGCCAUCUGGGCCCUGUUCCCCAAAGUGACGGGGGCCUCCACCAGCACUGACUGAUCCCAGGCCCCCAAAUUUCUCUCCACAGCCUUUUGCAGCUGGAGCAUGAACGCAAAGUCCCGGACGUGCUAUCUGAGACUUUGGCCGGGGCCUGAGCCCCGAGCGGCAUGGUUCCGUUCAGAGGCUCCAGCAGUCAGGGAUUAAGCCAUGCUCCCCUGGGAAUGCAGCCACCCAGGAGUUUGAUUCAGCCUCCUUUGUUAUUGGCUUGGUCCUCUAGUCAACUGGGUUCUCUAGUCAACUGGGUUCUCUUGUCAACUGGGUUCUCUUGUCAACUGGGCUCUCUUGUCAGCUGGGUUCCCUAGUCAACUGGGAUCUCUAGUCAGCUGGGUUCUCUAGUCAGCUGGGCUCUCUUGUCAACUGGGUUCUCUAGUCAGCUGGGCGCUCGUCAACUGGGCUCUCUUGUCAACUGGGUUCUCUUGUCAGCUGGGUUCUCUUGUCAGCUGGGCUCUCUAGUCAGCUGGGUUCUCUAGACAACUCGGUUCUCUUGUCAACUGGGUUCUCUUUCUUACUAGGAGUCGCCCUUCUCUCUGUCUUUGCACGGUUCUGACCUGUCAUUACUAGGUCAGGGUUUGCUCAAGAGAAUCCGUCUUAAUAUCGCCAGACACCCAGACUACUUGGCUCUAUGCUCAAAUCUUGCCAAAGUGGGUGCAGGCAGGACUUUUCAUGCCGGCCAGGGCCUGCCUCCUAAACUCUGGGGACAGGAUAGGCUGCUGGAGAAUAAAAAAGCCUUGUAAGUCAACUGAUUUAACAGGUCUCGCCUGCUUAGUGAAUAGGGGAGAGGGGAUACAGGCAGGAGAAGCAUAAAAACACCUUGCAGGGCAGAAGCUAUGCUCUUUCCACUCCACAGCUCUGUAGCAGAAGAGAUAAAACACUGUGUUGCCAUGGGGGGAGGGGCGCAAUGGUUCUAGAAAGAUCUUUUGCAGGAGGUUGCAGGUAAGGGAAGCACAUUGAAUCUGUGCAUGAUGCUCUUCCAACUCACAGGUCUGAAGCUCCCAGAGGAGGGCUGGACAAGAGUCAGUGCAAAGCGAGUUCCUUUGCAGACUGGGGGGGAAAGCAACACUCAUUUUUCAUGGCUGCUGCCCAGUCCUGCCUCCGCUGUCUUCAACAGACAAGUCGUGCUGCUCACACAAGUUCAACAGCUUCUGUUUCUUCGGCAGCUCACAGCUCAUCCCUCCCCCAGUCUCUCUUUUUACUGUUCUUUUUCCCAAACCACAGCGAGCGUUUCCCCUCUUUGGUGCUUGCUUUCCAGUGGGGAGGCCCCUAUGGGCAACCACACUGUCCUAGACCCCCCACGUGCUGCCACCACCCAGCUUGGAGGUUCAGGGUGACUGCAAGGGGCACCAGUCACCACCAAGGGCACCCGCGUUAGCCUUCAGACUCACAGUCCUUGCCUCUUCUGGGCAGAGUCUCAUUGCCUUCUCCCGGGGGCGGGGGGAUGGAACCGUUCCCUAAGUCACACAGUCUGGUUCACUAGGAAUAUUCCUAUCUGCCUGCCUUUUGCCUUCUCCCUGAGGGCUACGUGCAGGGCACAGCUUGCAGUCAUAAGUUACCAGCCAGCUUCUUUCAAGCAAGCACAUUUCUUCUUAUGGCAAAAGCAUUAACAGAGAAAACACGUUCGAAUCAAUCAAAGAACCUGCACAUGUGAUUAAAAAAAACUUCCCAGAGUUCACCCAAGCUCCAGCCUCGGGAUCUGGUGGAUCUUAGUCCUUCAGAACCCACAACUGGGUUUUCUGCAUGGCUACAAGUUCAUCUGUCUUCACGCCACAGCAAAGGCCCUGGGUCAAUUUAAACUCAUGCUAUUUCAUCCAAAUUCCUUUCUUUCUCUGGAGAAUCCAGUCUGAAGAAGUAUACGUGAGUCUCUCCUAGACAUCGUACCUCUCUGGGGCAGAGUUUUAGCCUGGCUGAUUAGCCUUAAUAUCAUUAUCCACUCGUUUUAGUUCCUGGCGGAGCUGUGGUAGCCCGCUCGUGCUGAGUAAAACUCAACCAUACAUAAACCUUUCAUUUCAAACAGUGGACUCCGAAAAUACUAUUUGGGGCUACAAUAUUGGUCCUAGCCACAACCAUCCAUUUGGCUUUGGUGAAGCUCAGGCAAUGGAAGAGAAAUAGAACCGGAAAUUCUCUCAGGAUAAACAUGGCCAAUGUAGCCCAACUCUUUUAUUUUCUGACCACUGGUACAGGGCUGUCACUCAGGGACCUUUAGGAAUGGAGACCUUGAGAUUAUAUCCAACCUGUCCCCCACCCAUCCUGUAGAGACAUGAGAUUUGCAAAUUAGAAGAGGAAAACCAAUAGUCCAUGUAGCAAGCCCUUGCUAUUCGAUGGGAGACUGUCAAGCCUUGGUUACUAAGAGGACAGGAAUAUGUAUGCCUUUGUAUUCAUGUUUUCAACCCUAACCCUGCCCAUAGUGUAUAUAGGAUAAGUUCACAGUGCAUGAAACAAACCGGACGUUAGGUCGUAAGUGGCAUUCAGCUUUCUUGCUAAAGCAUGCACAUCUGACACCGCACCAGCAGCUUAUACCUUGCAGAUAAGGGGGGGACUCAUCCUCUGUCAAGGAGCAGUGCCGUACGCAUCUCAGAAACAGACCCGUUUGGGUCCCAGAUCAGGCUGGUCUGUUUGGCUGUUACCAGAGGGCCUUGGGGGUGAGGUGGCUGCGGGGAAAGAAUUCUAAAUUCUCAGCUGGGCAACCAGGCCUGGGGGGCGGGCGGGGGAGGGUUGAGUAACGAUGUGACAUUCUCCUGGGGUCGUUGGGAGCACGGGACACUGAAGACCUCUGUUGACCUGAAUGGACUGGGUACAGCCGCAAGCAGCCAUACAUGAACAUGGCCUUGUGACUCUUCGCCCUAGGCUUCAGAGAGCACCGUCUCUGGAAGACAGCGGGGUCAGGAGCGAGGGGAGGGAAUGGAGUCAGACUGUCUCUCCAUGGCAGCCAGGACGCGUGAGUCUCAGGCCAUGUAGACAUAUGAACACUACCUGGGUAGCCAGGCUGGGCUGGAGGGCAGGUCGGACUAGCUCCUGGAGCACAUACCCAUCCAGAUCCCCUGGGGCAGAAUUCAGGCAGCUAGCCCAAGGCGUUACCCAUGGUACCCCUUGCGAGCACAGCUCGCAUGGGUCUGUCUCCAUGAGCUGGGACUCACGCCUCCCAGCUGCAACGUAGACCGAGCCUUAUGUUCUCCCUUCCUUUAGACGGGGACAAUCAUUUGCACGCUGACACCGUGCAGGGGCUGGGU